AUGGAGAUGGAGAAGAACUUUGGCGGCGCAAACGUCGUCGAGAACAAGGAGGCAGCCAUGGUCAGUCACAGCUGUCCUGGCAAGACUGACGAGGGAAUCAGAGUCGCCUCAGACACACUGGAAGGGCAGACUGAACCACCUCCUCCCUCACCUCGCGAUAUACACGGCUUCAGAUGGGUUCUCGCCGUCGUCGCCGUCGUCUCCAGCAUCUUGCUCUACGCCACAGACAACACCAUUGUCGCAACUAUCCAACCUUCGAUCAUUGAGGACCUCGGGGACCAGCACCUUUUGCCCUGGGUGUCUGUUGGCUACAUGAUUGGUGGUCUUGUCUUUGCGCUCCCUUCUGGUAAGGUCUACGGCCUCUUCGACACCAAGACGCUCUACCUCAUCUGCGGCGUCAUCUUCUGUAUCGGCACUACAUUGUGCGGCGCCGCUCCCAACAUGGCCUGCAUGAUCGUUGGCCGAAUCAUUGCGGGCGUUGGCGGCAACGGCAUGUACGUCGGUGUAUUGACGCUCCUUGCUGUAACUACCACGGACAAAGAGCGCCCUGCCUAUUUGAGUCUGAUUGGCAUGGCAUAUGGCAUUGGAAGUAUCAUCGGUCCUCUCAUCGGUGGUGGAUUCGCUGCACAUGCCACCUGGCGUUGGGGCUUCUACAUCAACCUAGUCAUCCUUGGAAUCUUCGCCCCCGUCUACAUUUUCAUCAUGCCGACCUUCCAGCCUCGCCCUAACAUGAUUGUGCGGGACAAAUUCCAGGCGUACGACAACCUGGGCACCCUGCUCUCCGUGGCUGGCCUGUUCUGCGCCGUUAUGGCAGUCAACUUUGGAGGCACCCUCUACUCUUGGGGUUCCGGCCAGAUCAUCGCACUCUUGGUACUCGCCGCCAUGCUGCUCAUCUCAUUUGGCCUACAGCAAAGCUUCAGUUUCAUGACCAACUUUGAGAGCCGUCUCCUGCCCUGCCAGCUCAUCACGCAGAGAGAGCCCGUCCUUCUGUUCGUCUUGAUGGCUGCAAACAACUGCGCCAGCAUGGUCAGCAUGUAUUACAUUCCGCUCAUUUUUCAAUUCAUCGGCGGUUCCGGGGCGUUGAGCGCCGGAAUUAGGCUGCUGCCUUUCAUCGUGGCGACGACAGUCUUCAUUGCGCUGCAAGGCGCGCUGCUUCCACACCUUCCGCUUUACAAGCCGUGGUACGUGGUGGGAGCCGUCUUCAUCCUCCUUGGUGGCGUCUUUUUCUACCGAGUCGACAUAUCGACAACUGAUGCCUACCUGUACGGAUUCCAGGUCCUGCUCGGCGCUGGCGUCGGACUUUAUUUGCAGGUCGGCUUUGCCGUCAUCUUGGCCGUCAUCGAAAUGAGCGACAUGGCGUACGGCGUCACUUUUAUGCUCUUCGCCCAACUCCUCGGCAUCACCAGUGGUCUUUCUUUCAGCGGCGCCGUCUUCACUAACACGGCCCUUGAAAAUCUCCGACGGCUGCUUCCCGACGUACCAGCUGAGCAACUUCAGCGUGCCCUGUCUGGAGCUGCUGGGGACUUUUUUCAGAAGCUCGACGAAGAGACUCGGAAAGCAGUUCUCCGCACCAUCAUGUCGUCCAUCAACAAAUCGUAUCUUUUCCCUCUCGUCCUCAUUCUUUUGCUUCAUCCUCACAAUUACUGA